AUGACCUCUUCAAUCGAAGCCGGAGGCUGGUGGACAACCAUGGAAGAUGUUUUGUUGUGUGAGUAUUGUGUCCAAGUUGGUCAUUGCCCGAUCACAGACAAUGAGAUGAAGUUCUCUCAUAUGAGGAGAAAAUUCAUGGAGAACUUUGUGGAAGAUCGGAGAGAUGCGUUGGCAAAGGCGAGUAACAACGUUCGAAGCGGCGAAAAUCUUGGCAACGAGAUUAUUCAAGCACAAAUGUGGUUCGAUGUCAUUGGCCAAGGCAAAAAAUCUUUCAACAAUCAACAAUGUUGA